AUGAACGUUUGCGACCUGAUCGAUGAAGUGCCACGACGAGGCGCGGUCGCGUCGCAUACCGUCCACGCCGCGCCCGGACCUCGCGCGGUCGCGAUGGGGAAGAAACCGCCGCCGAUGGAGGAGCUCCCAAACCUCGACGCCCUGAAGAAGCUCCGCGUCGUCGACCUCAAGCCGCUGCUCCGAGCGCGCGGGCUCGACGACAAGGGCAAGAAAGACGCGCUCGUCGCGCGACUGGACGCAUCUCGUGGGGGCGCCGCCGAGCCCGAGCCCGAGCCCGAGCCCGAGCCCGCUCCCGCUCCCGCUCCCGCUCCCGAGGCCGAGCCAACGCCCGAACCGAAGAAGGCGACGAAGGCGUCGCCGGCGAAGAGGGCGAAGACGACGAGAGCGGCGACGGCGGCGAGCGCGCCGCCGCCCGAGGCGGCGCCGGUGGCGGACGACGACGACGACGCGGUCGAGCCGGGCGUCGUCGUCGAUCCGUUCGGUUUGGGCGCGGAGUACGCGAGCGACGGCGGCGGCGGCGGCGACGGCGACGGCGACGCGGCGGCGACGAAGGCGCCGCCGCCGAAGAUGAACCCAGAAGACGCCCCUCCCGCGACGAAGGAAGACGCGUCGGCGGGGCCGACCGCGAAGCUCUACGUCGGGUUCCUCGGGGAGAAGUGCAACCGAGCGCACAUCGCGGAGCUCUUCGAGCCGCACUUCGAACCCGCGAAGGUGUUCAUCGCGACUAAACAGUCCGGCACGUUCAAGCAACCGAAGGGGUUCGCGUUCGUGGACGUCCCGGUCGGCGUGAGCGACGACGUCGUCGAAGGCGCGAUCGAGGCGUUGAACGGCUCGGCGCACUACGAAGGCGCCAAGUAUCCGCUGAAGGUGGCUCGCGCGGAGCGAAAAGACAAAGACAAAGACACUCGGGGCGGCGGCGGCGGCGGCGGAGAGAAACGGAAACGCGACGACGACGACGACCGAGGCGGCGUCCCGCCCGGGAAGUGCGCGACGAAGCUGUUCGUCGCCGGGAUGUCCCCGGACGCGCACGAGGAGCUCAUGAAGGACGUCUUCCGUCAGUACGGCGUCGUGACGUACGCGCGGGUGUUUCCGCCGCGAGACGGAUCGGAGAGCCACAAGCCGCGGAGAGGAAUCGUCGCGUUCGAGGACGCGGCGGCGGCGGCCGCGGCGAAGCGCGCGUUGCAAGGGACGACGGCGUUUCACGGCGGGGAGGCGCUGCACGUGUCGUACGCGAACGAGCGACCGGGCGGCGGCGGCGGCGGCGGCGGCGGCGGGGGUUUCGCCGGGAACCGACAGCCGAACGCGAUGACGUUGACGACGACGGCGGCGGGACAGACGGUGUACGUCCCCGUCGUCGUCGACCCGAUCACCGGGGCGAUGACGAUGCCCGUCUCCGGCGCUGACGCGGGGGUGCCCGCUAUCGGGCAGCAGCAGCAGCGGCAGGGGCGGGGAGGGCGGGGAGGAGGAAGGGGCGGCGGCGGUCCGAGGCGACCGGAUUUCCGGUGGGGCGCGACUGGGGCGCCGAACCUUCCGAGCGACGAGAUCAGGCCCGGGGACCCGGUGUACCGCGGCGUCGACCUCGCGGGGUUACCGCCCUCCGCGCCGAUCCCGGAGAGGUUCCGACACUUGUACGAAUGA